AUGGCCUGUCCGAUCCGUGGUGAGCAAAUUGGCGGCAAGUUCGACUUGCUCAAAUGGCUCAAAGAUUACGGCCCGACGUUCUUGGACGCGUUCGCUUCGUGUUCACUGGAUGACCGUCAAUGCCCCACCCCUGUCGAGAUCGCGCUUGAGAUAGAGGCGACCAUCAGAUACUACCUUGCGGCGAAAGGGGUGGUAAAGGCUCUAGAAUGUGAUGAUCAGAUGUUCAAAUGGAACUUCGCACGCGCAUGUCAUCGCCAGCAUCAGAAGCUGUUGAAGGAGGGUCAUACAGAAGCUUUUGAAUCGACCGAACGAGUUCGGAUGUCCAGAAAGACGCGCGAUCGCCCAGAAGAAGCUUCGCGCUCUGUCGAACAACGUAUCACAGGACUUCUUGAGUCCUCGCAGAUGUCUCGAGAUAUCGACGGCGCUCACGAGCGAUCCGGCGAGGAAGGAGACGCAAACGACAACAACACGACAAGCCGUACCUUGAACGAGAACCAGCAGCGCAGCGCCCUCAACGAUGAUACCAACAUCGCCAAUCUACAACGCGAGAUCAAGAAGUUGCGUGUAAGACAAAAGAAGACAAUGCGUCUUGAGGACAAAUUCGCUACACUAGAGGUACGCUUGACUGCUUCAGAGAACAGAGAGAAGGCCAUGAGUGACCGGCUUGAUGCCAUUACUCAGGAGCGGGAUGACAUGGAACAGCAGCACCAGACGCUUUGGAAUGAAUGUUUCUUCUUCAAGGCAGUCCAGGUAGAUCGCACCAACACGGCUCUCGAAGCAGUGUUAGUUCUGUUCAACGACCUUACUCUACUCGAAGGUGAGGUUGAAAGGCUGACAACUGAGCACGAAGAGCUUAAGAAAGAGAACAGCGGCCUGGGAGGCAAGUUGCAGACUAUGAUCGAGUUUGCUAUGAAGUCAAAGAAAACCACAGUUCUGCAUAGGAUCGCGAACGAGUCAGCUAUGGCUCACAUCAAGAAGCUAGAGGAGAAGGUCGAAGAGCUGGAGACACAGAUGAGAAAGCAAGAGACUUUGGUCAAACAAGAAGAAUUCGAGAAACGCCGCAGCGCUAUGGACUCGGCUCAUUGA